AUGCGGCUAGGUCAAUGCUUAUUCAGUGUUCAGUAUCAGUUUGUUGAAGGAAUAAAGCAGAGAACUGUGCAUAAAUUCACCAUCACAUGCUUGGCUCAGCCCCCACGAAGGUCUCCUGGCUUCAGAACAUCACCCUCAGCUCUGCUUCAAGGGGCAGGCCGGGCUGGCGGGGACUACAAUUCCGACAGUGCCCCGCGAUCUGUCGUCACAUUAUUGGAUGAGCCUCUGGAGGCGUCCAAUAAAACGUGGUUCUAUUGGUUUGUGCUAAGAACUUCCACCUGGGAAGAAAGCAGUGAGGGUCGCAGGGUGUCCUUCGGUAUGGACGAGGAGGAGCGGGUCCGGGUGCUGCAGGGCAUCCGGCUUUCUGAAAAUGUGGUUAACUGCAUGAAAGAUUCCAACCAGCCUUCCAAAGUGGGCCAGCUGACUUUCCCUCCUGCUCCUACAUUAUGCACCUCUAAAGGCCUGGAGAAAGGUAACAAACUGCCCAGGUCAGAGUGUGAUGGUAGACAGCUACCCCCAGAGGUGGAGGAGGAUCUCUUUAAGAGGUAUAAAUAGGAGCAGGCUGUAGUCCAGGAUGAGCUACUCUAGGUGGUGACAAGGGAAAGAGAGGCAGCCAUAAAGUACCAGAGUGCAUUUCUGCAUCGAGGGGAGGGCAGUGUUGACCAGGAAAAGCAGAAGUCAGCCAUGCUGAAUGCUGAGAUAUAUAAACUAUCUUCACAGCAAUUCUAUGAGGCAGCUUCAAAAAUGGAGGGCACAAUAAAGCCUUGCAGGUUACAGCCUGUGUGCUCAGAGCUGCAGGCCCAGAUCCUUCACUGCAACAGCAACCACCUGCAUGAGGUACUCCUGUGCUUGGACCUGGUCAAGGCUUACCAGCGUUGUGUGACCACUGCCCACAAGGGUUGAGAAGCAAGCAUUGUUCCUGACCCUGGCUAUGACUUGGAGCCCUGAAGAAGGGACCAGUUAUGGGACUUUGGCCUAUAGACCCCAAGGCCACAGCCAUUUUCUGCCAGAUGCCUAUGAUGUCCCUGUGCUUGGGGCCACCAUGUACUUAAGAAAUGAAGGAUGUGCUACCGUC